AUGUUUUUUGGAUUUGUUUUCUGGACGGUUUUCCGCUCAUUCGUUGCCUUUCUCGCCCAUUUCAACUGGUUGGCUGCAUUCAAGAUCAAAUGUGUCUAUGAAAUUUAUAUGAUGAUCUAUGGCCUGGGGAAUGCCACGGAAUCUGAAGUGGAAUUGGGACGCAUCGAAACUGUCGAAAAGAAAGAGCUGAAGAAUCGAGCUCUCCGACGAAGCAUGAAACUUCAGGCAAAAGAAAAAGCCGAGCGACUAGCGACACUCGCUUCAGCAGCUUCCAAAACCGAAGAACCAGAGCUCUCUAGUGCUUCUAGCACCGAUAGUGAAGUAGAAGAACUAAUCAAGCAGGGCCUCGCAGAUCCAAACAAGAAAACCGGUUUUAAAGCUGCAAACCUACGACAGGUUGUGAGAACAAAAUAUCAAGAUUUGAAGAAUAAAGCUGAAGAUAUUUUACUACCAAAACAAGAAGGAGAGGAAGAAGAAAAUGAUUCUUCAACUGAGGGCCAUAAGAAGAAAAUUAAGAAGUGGGAUGCUAUUAAAGGGAUUUACAAGUGGGUGACGGCUCCCGAAGACGAGAAAAAGCUAGAGGAAGGACGUCCAUUGGUUGUUGAAGUUAAUGAUACACCUAGAACAUAUCCACUCUAUCCAAAUUACUCAAAUAUGUUUGACAUGACUGAAGAGAGGAGAUCGAAGCGACGCAACGAGUUCGAAGGGAGCUUGAAGCGAAGGCGGAGGAAGAGCGAAGGCAACUACACCGGUUUUGAAAAAAAUUAUAAAAUUAGACGCAAACUGUUGACCGAUGCGAUCGAUCUAUUGUUAAAUAUGCUACGUAUGGUGACUAUGUUCGCGCUGGUGACAUGGAACAUCCGGAAGCACAAUCCGAUUGGAGCUUUUAAGCAUUUGGAAAUUGAUUUUGACCCAGAACAAAACGACGAAGACAUAGACGCAUUACGGGAAGGGACCGUAUCCACCAGAUGGGUGAUUGCUUUGAGUAUCACCGUAUUUCUGGACGUCUUCAUGUCACUGAUUCAAUUCCUCAUCGCCUGCUAUCAACAGGCCCGUCUUUUCAAACGUAUGGGCCCCUGGUGGUCCCUCUUUUGGUUCUCCAUCCUAAUCUCGGUCUCUGGAUUCGUGAUGGUCUUCCCGAUGUUUAUGCUGCUGGGAAGUCUAGACGUUUCGUGGUGUAGGGUGGUGCCGCAUACCGAUAUGGCCUGCUGGAUGCCGCCUCAUUGGGUUGAUUUCCCACUGGACGACCCGAGAAUCAGCUGCAAUUGGUGGUUCAGCACGUUAGAGGGUGGAGAAAUCAACGACAUUCUAUCGAUCGUGGCCAACAUUGUCCUGAGGCAUUACCUAUUUCAAUACCGUGGUGCCGAACAGUACAACGAAUCGAUCUAUCGCUUGGCCUAUACGGUAUCGACCAUCACUUUCUACGGGACCUAUGGAUCGCUACUGUUAAUAACGUUGAAUCGGAUGACCUCGACGUUUAUGGGGCAUCAAAAACACGUGGACCGCUGGAGGGCCCUUGGACGGUACUGCUACAUCUUAGCCUUCCUCUUCGGGUUGCUCUGCACCAGCUACCAAAUCCCUGUCGCUCUCGACGUCUUCUACUUCAGCGAUGGGCGAGCCGACCCGAUCUCUCUAGCGCAACCCUAUGGAACUAUUGCGGCUAUUCAAUCGAUCGCCAUCUGCUUUGCCCUCACGCUCGUGUCAAUCGGGAUGAACUGGUGCAUGGCUACCGCAAUCUUCAUCUGUUGCCGUUUCUACCGUAGCAGCCUCAGCCUCCCCGCUCACACAGCCAUCACCUCUUUUUUCACGCUACUCAUGACAGCCCUUCAGAUUAACCGCUUCCUCUACUACAUCUUUGGCGACUACAAAACCGUCCGGCAACUCGACUGGCACUAUUUCUGGAUCAACGAUUUAGUCAUCGCCGCCAAUUUCUUCUCGUUGGCCCUCACCAACGACCCGACAAUGAGUUACGGGUUACUUUACGAGCUGCUGCCAUCGAUUGAAGCGUUUAUGUGUGCACUAAUGGCUAUUGUGGUCUAUCGGGUGGUGGUUAGUGAGAGAUACCAUUUGGCGACGGCGUUUUUCAAGAUAUUUGUUGCUAGAUGCGUAGGUGAUAUUAUUUCCGUCCUGCCGAACCUACUCUUAAGACAUUAUCUAUUAAUGCCAAGAGCUCCAGCACAGUUCGACGACAUCUUAUAUCGCACCGCACAUAUGCUUUCUUUCCUCUCAUUCUACAACCUGUACGCCUCGGUGUUCUUAGCGACGGUGAAUCGAUUCACAUCUAUCCAUGCUGCCACACAUAGACACGUAUUGUUUUGGCACGCUCUAAAGCGCUGGCCUUACGCCAUGGCACCAAUUUUUGCUGGAAUCUGCAUCCUGCCCAGACUUCCAGCCAAAUUCACGGUUGAACGUGUCGAGGAUUGGCAUAGCGACUGGAUCACUUAUACGGAGCCCUACGGGAUGGUAUCGUUUGCCGUACUUAUGCCU